GGAGGUGGAUCCUAAGGUAGAAAAAGAUGACCUGACAAACGAUGAAGGUGUUGAUACAUUUCUUUCGGAGCUCACAAAUGCAAUUCCUGGAGUGGAUGAGGCUAUGAGCUUCGCUGAAAUGUUAAAAUAUUAUCUACUUGUGACUUGACUUGUGAAGAAUCUCAGUGAAGUAUCUACUCAAACAGAUUAGUCCAAACCAUGGAUUACUCCAUUAUAGUGUUUGAUACAGCUCCAACAGGUCACACAUUAAGAUUAUUGCAAUUUCCAUCAACCUUGGAGAAGGGUUUGGCAAAAAUGAUGACACUGAAAAAUAGAUUUGGAGGUCUUCUGAGUCAGGCUACUCGUCUAUUUGGCCUUGGUGAUGGAUUCAGUGAGGACGCAAUGCUAGGGAAACUUGAGGGAAUGAAGGAUGUCAUUGAACAAGUGAACAAGCAAUUCAAAGAUCCGGACUUGACGACUUUUGUUUGUGUUUGUAUACCUGAGUUUCUUUCUCUCUAUGAAACAGAGAGGUUGGUGCAAGAAUUAGCGAAGUUUGGGAUAGAUGCCCACAAUAUCAUCAUUAAUCAAGUACUUUUCGAUGAUGAAGCUGUUGAAUCCAAGUUACUGAAAGCACGCAUAAGGAUGCAACAGAAAUACAUAACUCAAUUUUAUAUGUUGUAUGAUGACUUUCACAUAAUCAAAUUGCCUUUGCUUCCAGAGGAGGUUUGUGGGGUUGAAGCGUUGAAGAAUUUUUCUGAAGAUUUCACAAGGCCAUACCAACCAUCUUUAACCCGAGGAUCCAUUGAAGAGCUGGAACAGCGAGUAUCCCUCUUGAGAUCACAACUAAAAGAAGCAGAAUCGGAACUCCAAAGGGCGAAGAAAGGCAAAGAAAAAGCUUGAUCUUGCAUCACUGGACCUUUCUCGCUUUUCUUGAAAUUAUUAAGAGCUGAUGCAUAAAGCCUAAUCAAAAGAUUGUAUAUGUAAGUGGACUUUGGUGUUCUUUUUUGACUGAAAUAACAGGGUGAAAACCCUGUUCAUUUGAGAAUCUUA